AUGGCCGCAACCUCGUCAGUGUCCCUAAACACGACGUUGGAUCCCUUACCUUCGGUUUUGCAGCAUGGACUGGUAGCGGUGGCAUUCUUUGGGCUGCUUUCACUCAUCUCCAGUGUCGCUCUCUUCACUUUCCUGACGUAUCGACUCUGUGUAUGGUAUCACCGAGGCCAACUCAAAGAUGGCGCUAAUCAGUUCCUGCUCCUCAUCUACAAUCUGGUGCUGGCUGACGUCCAGCAAGCGAUGGCCUUCGCGCUGACGUCGGUAUACCUCUCUCAGAACAAAAUCCAAGUAGGGACCACGACAUGCUGGGCGAAUGGGUGGUUCGUUUCGACUGGUGAUCUUGCUUCAGGCGUCUUCAUCCUCGCGAUUGCGUUGCACACAUACUACGCCGUGGUAAAGGGCAAGCGGGUGACAAACAAGGUGUUCUAUGGCGGUAUUGUCUGCCUGUGGAUAUUUGUCUAUCUUAUGGCUAUCAUCGGUGUCGGCAUAAGUUCCAAAAUAUACGUCCGGGCGGGAGCAUGGUGCUGGAUUGACAAGAGAUACGACAAAGAACGCCUGUGGCUUCAUUACUUCUGGAUCUUUAUAUGCAUGUUCGGGACAGUUGUCACGUAUAUCCUCAUUUUCGCUUUCAUCAAAGCCAAAUCACGAAGCCGCUCGAAUGCGAACUUUCCCAACGACGGUACCGACCCUGCCUCUACUCAACGUGCGGCCAAGUACAUGAUCAUCUAUCCUGUGGUGUAUGUCGUUUGCACGUUACCACUCGCAGGGGGUCGAAUGGCCGCAAUGACAGGGGUCUCCGUACCAUAUUGGUGGUUCUGCUUGGCCGGGGCAGCCAUCAGCUCCUGCGGAUGGCUAGACGCUCUAUUGUACGCCGUGACGAGACACGUCUUGAUAUUUGGCCGGGCUCCUCCACCUCCUCAAGACUUGGGUCUCGAUACCUUUGGCUGGAAGAACCUGGGUGACAAUUUCUGGGGGAUGAGGACCACCAUUAGUGGCCCACUAGGAGAUCCGAAUGCUCGAAGGCGUGAUAAGCGCGAUUUCCUGGGAAGAAGUACGCCACGUCCCCUCCGCUCGCGACAGUCGGAUGAAUACCACUUUGCAAGCCAGCCCGAGGGGGUCAUCACGGCCAAGACCACGAUCGAGUUUAGGUCAGGUCCCAUGAUCAACUACGCCGAAUCAGAUAUAAGUGCGAUUGAGCUGGAAGACAAAUCAGAGCGAAUGCAUUCGCAAUUCCAAAAGGAGUGA